AGCAAUGGCAAUACGAAACCUCUUCCUCUCUUAUCCAGAGCUCUGUUUAGCAAUUUCAUGCUUCUUCUUAGUUUUCUUCUACUACAAAACCACCAAAAAAUCCCAACUUCCAACCAACUGGCCGGUCGUCGGGAUGCUCCCGGCCAUCAUCGCAAACAUCGGCCACCUACACGAGUGGGUGACCGAGGCACUCAAAGAGGCCGGGUGCACCUUCAAGUUCCACGGACCCUGGUUCCUUAACAUGGACUUCUUGGUCACUUGUGACCCGGCCAACGUCAACCACAUCUUCAAUGUCAACUUCUCCAAUUACCCGAAAGGCGACGAGUUCAUCGAGAUCUUCGACAUCCUCGGUGAUGGCAUCUUCAAUGCUGACUAUGACUCGUGGAAGAUCCAACGGAAGAGAGCUCAUGGUGCAAUGAGUAGUAACAAUUUUCGGGGUUUCGUCGCAAAGUGUAGUGAAGAUAAGGUGGCUAACGCACUUUUUCCCCUCAUGCACAAAAUGGCUAAGGAAGGGUGUCCUGUUGAUUUGCAAGAUGUGUUUCUUAGGCUAACUUUCGACUUGACUUCUAAGUUGGUGUUUGGAGUCGAUCCCGGUUGCUUAUCCGAGGGAUUCCCGACGAUUCCAUUUGCGAGGGCGAUGGACGAUGCGAUGGAGGCCUUGUUCUUCCGACAUAUUGUGCCUCCGCCGUGGUGGAAGCUAAUGAGAUGGCUAAAUAUAGGCAAGGAGAGGAAAUUGCACGAUGCUUGGGGCGUUAUCGAUGAUUUCGUCGCUCAGAACAUCGAGAAGAAGAAAGAGGGGAAAAUCUACGGAGAAGACUUGUUGACAUCUUACAUGGAAGAAGAUUCGAAAGAGACAAACGAUAAGUUCCUAAGGGACACGACGGUGAACCUCAUGCUCGCAGGGAGGGACACGACGGGCGUGGCGCUGACGUGGCUUUUCUGGCUCCUAGCCAACAACCCGGAAGUAAAAUCAAAGAUUCUUGACGAAUUGAGGGAGAAUUCGAAUGAAAAGACACAUGACAUAUCGAAAAUGGUCUACUUGCACGCAGCGUUAUGUGAGUGUUUGAGGCUUUACCCCUCUGUCCCAUUCGAACACAAAGGCGCCGUCAAAACGGAGGAUCUACCGAGCGGAAAAGCCAAAUCCCACGAGAAGAUUUUGUUUUCGACGUAUUCAAUGGGGAGGAUGGAGGGGGUUUGGGGAGAGGAUUGCUCGGAGUUCAAGCCGGAGAGGUGGAUAUCGGAGAAGGGGAGGCUGAGGCACGAGCCGUCGUAUAAGUUCUUAUCGUUCAAUUGCGGGCCGAGGACUUGUCUGGGGAAGGACAUAGCCUUUACUCAGAUGAAGAUUGUGGCUGCGGCAAUGAUAAGCAAGUUUGAUGUGGAGUUGGUGAAGGGGCAUGUUGUUGAGCCUAAACACUCAAUAAUACUUCACAUGAAGGAUGGAUUGCUGGUGAGGGUGAAGGAGAGGGGGGAGUUGAUGGAGAAUGGUAAGCUAUAAGCAACGAGAAUUGUAAUUGUGCUGCAUUAUUUGAUGUUACAAUAAUUGUGGGCUACUUGGUUGGUUCAGGUUCGGAAUUUAGGUGUCAUGAUGUUGGUGAAAUUAAAAAUAUAUACGGUUUGUAAUUUGGUGAAGUAAUCACCUUUACUCUUCUUAAGCUUUAUGAUACUUUUAUCAGUAGUCAUAUAUA